AUGGAGCCGAUGUACAUAACGCUCGUAAUCAUAGCGGUGAUCUAUUCUCUCUACUAUUACUUCACGAGGACUUUCAAAUACUGGAAGGAUAGAGACGUAUCUGGACCAGAACCGAUUCCAUUCUUCGGUAACAUAAAACAAUCUGCACUUCGUCGUCAACAUGGUGGAGAGAUCACUACCAGCAUUUACCAUCAGUAUCCUAAUGAUAAAGUUGUUGGAAUAUUCAGAAUGACGACUCCAAGUCUUUUAAUAAGAGAUCUGGAUCUCAUCAAACAAGUGAUGAUUAAAGAUUUUGACGAAUUCUCCGACCGUGGAAUAGAAUUCAGUAAAGAAGGACUUGGUGCAAAUCUAUUCCAUGCUGACACUGAAACUUGGAGAGUUCUUAGACAACGCUUCACGCCUUUGUUUACUUCUGGAAAACUAAAAAACAUGAUGCAUUUAAUGGUCGAAAGAGGAGAUCAGUUUAUUAAAUAUGUGGAGCAUAUUAUAAGCAACCAAGCUGAACAUAAAAUCCACAAUUUGAUCCAAAGGUACACACUAGCUACGAUUGCAGCUUGUGCAUUUGGUAUUGAUAUUGAUGAUCUUACAGAUAAAAAUCCAAUAAUAAAAACAUUACAUAGAAUAGAUCGUGAAAUAUUUACUCAAACCUUUGCAACUGAAAUAGACUUGAUGUAUCCUGGUUUAUUCAAAAAAUUAAACAUGUCAAUUUUUCCAAAAUAUGUCUCAGAUUUUUUUACUAAAUUGACGAGAUCAGUAAUCAGUGAAAGGCAGGGGAAACCUACAAACAGGCGAGACUUUAUGGAUUUAAUUCUAGAAUUGAGAGAAAAGAAAGAAAUUCAGUACAUGAAAAGGAACGAGAGUGAUAAGGAAUCAUAUCUGGAGAUGUCCGAAGACAUUAUAACUGCGCAGUCCUUUAUCUUUUUCGGGGCUGGAUACGAAACAAGUGCAACCACAAUGAGUUUCUUGCUGUAUCUAUUAGCGAAAAAUCCGCACAUCCAAGAAAAAUUACUUGAGGAAAUAGACAAAACAUUAGAAAAUCAUGACGGUGAACUGACUUAUGACACAAUUAAAGAUAUGACUUAUCUGAAUAAAGUGUUUGAUGAGACACUUCGCCUAUUUCCUUUAGUGGAGCCAUUGCAACGAAACGCAAUCGUAGACUACAAAAUUCCUGGCACUGAUGUUGUAGUCAGAAAAAAUCAAAUGGUGUUGGUUUCAGCUCGUGGUAUUCAUCACGAUCCUAAAUAUUAUCCUAAUCCUGAAGUGUUUGAUCCGGAGAGAUUCAGUCCUGAUGUAGCAGCAGCGAGGCAUCCAUGUGCUUACAUGCCAUUCGGAGUUGGUCCAAGGAAUUGCAUUGGCAUGCGAUUCGCAAAAAUGCAGUCUAGAAUUUGUAUUAUCAAGUUGCUGUCAAAAUUCCGAGUGGAAAGAUCUAAGAACACUAUGGAGGAAAUUAAGUUUGACCCCAUGAGGGUGGUCAUAGCACCAGUUGAUGGAAUUAUGUUGAACAUAGUGCGGAGGAAAUAG